UAGCGCACCGCUUAGCUUGUUACAUCGCGAUAAGCCGUGGCCCUGGAUUACGUAACGCCUCUCAAUCAAGAACCUUGGCAACUCACGAAGACCUAAUGACAACCAUCCUCACGGAUUCAUUACACGAACUGAGAAAAAAAAGCUUAAACCACCUCUAGUCUAAAUAACAACUCAUUGUUCACUAAACCUUUGAUAAGACAACGCGUAUAACAAAAAAGUUACUUUGUACGUAAUCGUCCAGUAGAAUUUUUUAAACUCGAUUUUUUUAUCAUUCGGAUAGUCAAAAUUUGAACUGUUUUAAGUAACUGAAAAAGUUAAACAAUGAAUUUACGGCUGCACAUAUUUUUCGGCCAAUUCGUUUGGUUAAUAUCGGUAUUGAAUGGUAAAAGCUUGCAAGGCAUACCCGGGUAUGGCAGGAAUCUGGUGAUAAAAGCGAUACCGGCCGUCGAAGACUACCAGAGUGCUCUUUAUGAAGUGUUUAUGGAGCCAUAUUUAUAUGAACUCGGCUCAGGCUAUCCCGUGGGGGAUCGAUCACAAAAGCAAAUAGAAUUGGCCGAGCACCGGCAACCCGGUCCAGGGCUCAAAGCGAUAGUCCACUUAGAAGCCGACCAAGAAUCAGGUGUAGAAGGCGAACUUAUCUUCACACAAAUCGUUCCUAACGGGCCGGUGCAGAUCGAAGGCAAUGUGACCGGCUUGCCUGCCGGUCUACAUGGCUUGCAUGUUCACCAGAGUGGCGAUAUUGAUGGGAACUGUAUGGAGAUUGGUCCUCACUUUAUAGCUUAUUAUGGACGACACGGUGGCCCGCGUGACCACAUCCGCCACGUGGGCGACCUGGGCAACAUAAAGGCUGAAGAGGGUACUCCGCUUAGUGUGAAAAUCUUCGACCACCUCAUCUCUUUGACGGGUCCCAGGUCUAUAGUGGGGCGGUCUAUAGCUAUAACGAAGAGUGAGGACGACUAUGGCAGAGCUGGCACGGAAGACAGCGCGCUAACUGGAACAUCAGGACCGGCCAUCGCUUGUGGGGUUAUAGGAUAUUUGAACUGAAUGCUGAAGAUCACGCUGGCUUCCCACGGUUGAACAAAUAUUACCGACUGUGAUAUCCCACUUUUAGCGUAUCAUAUCUAUGCUGAACGCAACAUCCUCCAUAUUAAUAUUCUAAUUAAUGCAAAAGUGUGUCUGUCUGUCUGCUAGCUUUACACGGCCCAAAUGUUUAACC